GCUCGCCGACCGGGCAGCUCCGCCCGCCGCGGCGCGCUGCCGGCCAUGGGUCUCGGCGUCUCCCCCACGCGCAUGCGCGGCCCUCCGUCUCCCGGGGACCGCUCCGGUCACCGGGGCGCCAGCACCUCAGCCACCUGCCGCGGCGGGUUCCCUCUCGCCGGGUCCCGGCCGCGCGGGGCCCUCGCCUCCGGCUCUCCGCCGCCGCCGCCCGGCCGCAGGCCCCCCGACUAGGUCCGGGGCGCCGGUCUUCCAUAGCCGCAGCGCGGCUUCCGCUUCCGGCGAGUAUUGUGUGUCGCGCCGCGGGGCGGGGGUGAGGGGAGGAGGAAGGAGGGAGGCAGUGCUCCGGCGGCUCCGCGCCCGGCACUCCGGGACCCGGAGCCGGGAAGUUAUAAUGGCAGAGACAAGUCUGUUAGAGGCUGGAGCCUCUGCAGCCUCCACAGCCGCUGCUCUGGAGAACCUGCAGGUGGAGGUAAGCUGUUCUGUGUGCCUGGAGUAUCUGAAGGAGCCGGUUAUUAUUGAAUGUGGGCACAACUUCUGCAAAGCGUGCAUCACCCGCUGGUGGGAGGACCUAGAGCGGGACUUCCCUUGCCCUGUCUGUUGGAAGACAUCCCGAUACCGGAGUCUGCGGCCUAACCAAAGUCUGGGCAGUAUGGUGGAAAUCGCCAAGCAGCUGCAGGCGGUCAAGUGGAAGAUCAGAGAUGAAAGCCUCUGCACCCAGCACCAUGAACCCCUCAGCCUUUUCUGCUGUGAAGACCAGGAGGCUGUCUGUCUGAUCUGUGCCACUUCUCACACCCACCGGCACCAUGCUGUCGUGCCCAUGGAUGAUGCUACACAGGAAUACAAGCCGCCCAGGCCUCUGCGGUUCUCAGCCCCCACCAAGGACUGGCUUGAGCCUCUGCCGGGCUCGCCUGACCGGGCAGCUCCGCCCGCCGCGGCUCGCUGCCGGCCAUGGGUCUCGGCGUCUCCCCCACGCGCAUGCGCGGCCCUCCUUCUCCUGGGGACCGCUCCGGUCACCGGGGCGCCAGCACCUCAGCCACCUGCUGCGGCGGAUUCCCUCUCGCCGGGUCCCGGCCACGCGGGGCCCUCGCCUCUGGCUUUCCUCCGCCCCCGCCAGGCUGCAGGCCCCCCAACUAGGUCCUGGGCGCCGGUCUUCCAUAGCCGCAGCGCGGCUUCCGCUUCCGGCGAGUAUUGUGUGUCGCGCAGCGGGGCGGGGGAUGUGAAAAGUACCCUAGAAAAAUGUGAGAAAGUGAAGACCAUGGAGGUGACUUCAGUGUCCAUAGAGCUGGAAAAGAACUUCAGCAAUUUCCCCCGGUAGUACUUUGCCCUAAGGAAAAUUCUUAAACAACUAAUUGUGGAUGUGACCCUGGACCCUGAGACGGCUCAUCCUAACCUCAUCCUGUCAGAGGAUCGGAAAAGUGUCAAGAUUGUAGAGACAAGACUCCGAGACCUCCCUGACACACCGCAGCGCUUCACUUUCUACCCUUGUGUCUUAGCUACUGAAGGCUUCACCUCAGGUCCACACUACUGGGAGGUGGAGGUGGGGGACAAGACCCACUGGGCAGUAGGAGUAUGCCGGGACUCUGUGAACAGAAAGGGUGAACUGACUCCACUCCCUGAGACUGGCUACUGGCGUGUGCGGCUGUGGAAUGGGGAAAAGUAUGCAGCCACCACCACGCUUACCCCAUUGCACAUCAAGGUGAAGCCUAAGUGGGUAGGCAUAUUCCUAGACUAUGAGGCUGGCACACUGUCUUUUUACAAUGUCACAGACCGUUCGCAUAUCUACACCUUCACUGAUACUUUUACUGAAAAACUUUGGCCCCUCUUCUACCCAGGGAUCCGGGCAGGUCGGAAGAAUGCUGCACCACUUACCAUUAGGCCCCCAACAGAUUGGGAAUGACAAGAGAUGCAGUUUAAUUGGGGUGAGGCAGGGUCAAGAGCGGUGGGCCUUCCUAACUGUGGCCUGCUGGAAUGUCUUGGUGUCUGCGUGGUUCCAGGCUUGAGCCAUUGUGAGAAACCACCUCGCAUCUGGGAUGGUUGGUGUGAAGGAGCAAAGAUAGGCCUGGGCUGCAUGACCAAGCACAGAUGAGUGUCCCUCCUUACUGUAGUGGGAGAGUGGACUCCCAGGGGAUGGUACUCUGGUGUCCCACAGGUUUCCUAGUGCACCAGGACAGGUGGAGAAAGCAAAGGCUUUCCAGAAACAAAGUCUAUCAGAAAGGGUCUUAACUUGCUUAAAAUGCAGGAAACAGAAACCUUUAAAAGGCUUCUGUGACUCCAAAUAAAUAGCCUUGUUCCUUGUGG